AGUGCUUGAAUACGAGUCUGCAAUAUACAAGAUGGAGGUUGUGGAUGCAGAGGAAGAUGAUCUUGAUCUACAAAACACUGUUGUUGAAGACUGAUCUCUGAAGAUGUAGAUGGACUCCACACCCAUUAUGCUUCACACAGCAUAUAUUGAUGUUUAAAUAAUAGACCUGUGGUUUUAGUUUUGCAUUCUGAUAUUUGCAAACUUUACCUACUGAUUCUCCCGUAACUGCUACAGCGUCAAAAUGAUUGAAAGUCGAUUAUGGACGUUUCGCGUGUCAUGCCAGGUUGCAGCCGAGGAGCAGGUGUGUGUGGUGGGGAACUGUGAAUCCCUUGGUACGUGGGACUCUCAACGGGUGAUCCCACUCUACCAAGAAGACCCUGUUGUAGCCAGUGCUGAUAAUGUGUGGUCAGCUUCAGUUCAAAUACCAUUUCUAGGGGUUGAGUAUCGUUACUGUGUUUGCAUCAUUCUGGAGCCAAGGCCAGGACUACACGAUCGAGCUGUCGUUGUCAGACGAUGGGAGACGAAUAUAGCACCACGCAAAAUUCCUGAUGCAGUGAGCAGUCUUCCUGAACCACAAAUAGAUCACUUUGGCUCAUAUGGUGGGUUUGAACGAGUUGACCAAGGGUGGCUGGUGAAGGACUCGUUGGUACAGCUGCGGCUCUGUAAAUCCACCCUUUACAAUGAUCCUGUGAUGCUCUUCAAGAGGAGGUACCAAAAUAAGAAUGUGAGAGUAAAAGUGACACCAAUUGACCUAAACAUCAGUCCCCUUGAACCUCACAUGGGAGGAAUAGAAGAGAGUACAGACUUUGACAUUUCCAGUCUACAUAUCAACACAAGACCUACUUGGCCUGUCACGGAAGUUGCCGUUAUGAAGGAAGAGCUGUGCAGGUUCCACCAGCAAGAUCAGUUUGGCGUGGUGUGCAACAACGGCGACCACGUUGUCUUCCAGUGUCACAUGCUCAAGCCCGAAAGCAAUGUUUUCCUGUGCGACUUCUAUAUAGAGGACUCGAGUGAAGACGUGCCCCGAUACCUGGGAUGCUCGUACAUCUUGCCAUCAAACAUGAAAGAAAAUUAUGGUGUUGCAAAUCUUCCAAUUACGUCUCCCAAGCACAUACCAAUUGGGCAGUUAACAGUACACUACAUGGUGGUGUGCCCAAUGGAGUACGGAGGAGAUAUGAGUGUGUCAUAUGCACGCCACUGGAAGGACAGCUGGAAGGGCCUGGAGGUUGGUCAUCGCGGAGCUGGAAAUUCAUACCAUUCAGAGCCAAAGAGCUGUGCAAACAUCAGAGAAAACACAGUUGCAUCUCUUAAGUAUGCAGCAGAGAAAGGAGCAGAUAUGGUGGAGUUCGAUGUUCAGCUAAGCAAAGAUCUCGUGCCAGUGAUAUAUCACGACUUUCACGCCUGCAUUGCUCUCAAGCGCAAAAAGGAGCAUGACAAGACGGACCUGUUAGAAAUCCCAAUCAAGGACCUGACACUUUCACAACUACAGGCAUUGAAGGAUCUGAGUCAUCUGACAGAAGGCAUGCCAGGCGACAUCCUCUCCUACUGUGAUCGUGAAGACAUGGUUUAUCACAAGAAAGAAAAAGGGCUGAGCAGGUUCUGUGAUGAGGAGUUUGAGGACCAUCAGCCCUUUCCCACAUUGCAACGUGCUCUAGAGAGUGUGCCAUAUACUUGUGGGUUUAAUGUGGAGGUCAAAUGGACGAUGCUACUGAGGGACGGCACAUACGAGCUCCAGCAUCCCUUUGAACUGAACCACUUCAUGGACCUCAUUAUCAAGAUGAUUUUGGAACACUCUGGCAAGAGAAAAAUUGUUUUCUCUUGCUUUCAUCCUGACAUCUGUACGAUGCUUCGGCUCAAGCAGAACCGGUACCCUGUCAUGUUCCUUACUCAAGGAGUAUCUGAAGUGUGGCCACCUUAUGAAGACUCUCGUACAUCUUCCAUCCCUCAUGCAAUUUUAUAUGCUGUCAAUGCUGACAUACUUGGUAUUAACGUUCAUACGGAAGAUUUGAUGCGCGACCACAGCCAGAUGAAAAUGGCAAUGGAUUACAACUUAAUAGUGUUCUGCUGGGGUGACGACAAUAAUGAUCAAGAAAAUAUCAAAUUCCUCAAGAAGGCUGGACUUCAUGGCAUCAUCUAUGACAAGAUUGAUGAGUAUAACACCAAGGAAAAGAAAGAGAGCAUAUUUCUUUGUGAAGAACGAGAAGCUGCCAUGAUGUCGGCAACAGCAGCGCAGGUAGAAGACACCGUCACAGGCGGCGACGGGGUUGUCUCGCCAGGACCAUCUGGGUUUGCCAGACCAAGUGAUAGGGCCCUCACCAUUACAAGUGAAAGUGGCUGUAAUCACGCAGGUUCCUUAAGUACAACAGAGAGCAAUGUUGCAACAUCUGUCCAUUACAUGGCCACUAAUAUAGAGUGUAAUGGUCAAUGUCAAUGUAACCAAUGUAAGCCCACAUCUUUCAGUGGUAUCCUCACAAAGUGAAGCAAGGUUAAAAAUGUUUAAAUUGUGUAAUGAUGGUUUCCAUUGUGUGAUAACAAUUGGCUUAAUAUAGGUCCAAUUUCAUAAGAAUGCUGGAAAAGUAUGCCUGGGAUCAGUAAACAACAAGUAACAAGUUUGAAAUUGGGGGAAAGAAAUUCCAGGUUGUGAUUUGAAGGCUUACUGAUCUGCUGUGUAAGUGUUAUUUACCUACUAUUUUUUAUACAUUAGUUUUAAUGACUUAGGAUACAUAAAUUUAACGUGUGUGUUACUUUUGCAAUGCUGUCUCAUUAGGUGUUAAUGGGGAUUACCAAUUUUACUACUGCCUUAUAUAAGUUAAAUUAACUAGAAUUGGUCAUCUGCAAGACAGCACCUACUGUAGCUUCUGAAGAUGUAGCAACACCUGGGUAAAUGGUCUUCACAAUACUUGAUUGUAGUGGUUAAUCGGGUAAUUUUAGAAACCCGUUUUUAAGAUUGAGUACAAUUGAAUUCUUUUUGGAUUUCUCUACUCCAAAACAGUUUUAAAAUAAAUUGGUCUCGUGUGUGUGACCAUCCCCAUUAAAGAUAUGACAAAAUC